GUACAUCAAAAGGUAACCCAAGCAAAAGUCACUAAUAUUGCACGAUAAAUUGAAUAUCGGCCCUGCGCGACGAGCUGAGCAUUCGAGCAAUUCUAUCGAACAUGCAAACACCAUAAGUACGCAGUCAUGGCAGCUCCUUCUCAGUCUGUCAAUGGAGUCCUUCAAGUGCCUGCCGCCAUACUUAAAAAGAAUGACACAAAGCCCGCCAACACGCCCAAAGCAUCUCGAAAACCUGCAGAAAGGCUCAAGGUGAUAAUACGACGGCUUCCUCCGGGCCUUACAGCAGACGAAUUUGGCACGAUUAUUGGCGAGGAAUGGAAAGUUGGAGCAGGGAAAGUGAAUUGGUUCCAGUACAAACCCGGGAAGGUCUCAAAGGAUUUUUCGAAGCCGUCUAGACCCGCGCGAGCCUACUUGAAUGUCACAGAUGAAAGCCACUUGAUACCUUUGAAGGACAAAGUGCUGCAGAGCAAUUUUAUUGAUGCAAAGAACACAACCAAAGACCCCGCACUCAUAGGACCACCGACAUUGGAGUAUGCACCAUACACUCGUGUACCGCUCGGCAAGAAAAGGACAGACGCACGGCAGGGCACAAUAGAUCAAGACCCGGAAUUCAUCGAUUUCCUUCAGAGUCUCACGAAUCCAGUGAUCAAACCAACCUCACUUGACGCAGACCCAGCGCCAAAGAAGGAGGAAAUUACGACGACCCCAUUAAUUGAGCACCUCCGGGAAAAGAAAGCAGCAAAGGAGAAAGCUAGCAAGUCGGGCAAGGGCAAACAAGAAUCUAAAGAGACAAAGGGCGAAAAGGCGAACAAGAAAGCUGCUAAGGGUCAGGGUGAUUUGCAAGAGAAGCCGAAGAAGCUCACCAAGGCAGAGAAGGCUGCCCAACAAGCUGUUAAAGUACUGAACAAAGAAGCUGCAAGUGGGACAGACAAAGCUGCAACUGUUCAGUCGGCGGCGAAAGGUGCAAGCGAGCGCAAACCUGAACGUGCCGCGAGACCCAUUAGUGUCGCAGCAAGAAUACAGCAAGAUCUUGGGCUAUCACCGGCUGUUAAACGAACAAAGCGUGAGGUUAAUACCGAAGCUCAAGCAGCAGGUGCGGCAAUUUCGGGAUCCCAAGACGCUCCUGCUACUCAAUCGCCCAAGAAAGGACCAAAGACGCCCAAGUCAGCUAACACGACAGAGAAGUCGACUUCAGAGACAGCCGAUGGAUCUAAAUCAGUGCCUACCAGCUCUGCCCCGCCCACUGUGCUAAAGAAGCCCCCCCAAGGAGCAAAGGCACAGGCAAUGGCUCAACCAACCGCACCCAAAGGCCCAAAGGCACAAAAAACUGCACAACCCGCGCAACCUCCGCAGAGCAACUCUUCUCCAGCUGCCUCGUCGUCAGCCGCGGCGGCUACAUCCGCAGAACCGGCAGCGCUCCCUCGUCAAGCCUUCCUUAAGCACGCAAACCCAUCUCAGGGCAUCACGGAAACUCUUAUAGCGGACGCCUUGUCCGCUUUUGGUGCCAUCGAAAAGGUUGAAAUCGACCGCAAAAAGGGCUUUGCAUAUGUCGACUUCGCCGACAACGAAGGCAUGAAGAAGGCCAUUGCUGCGAGCCCAGUUAAGGUUGCGCAAGGGGCAGUUCAGGUGCUCGAGAAGCGAGACAAGUCGUCCUCAGCAUCAGGAAGAAACCCACCAUCCGGACCUGCGCAUAUGCCAAGGGGAGGAUUCCGAGGCGGUCGGGGCGGAAGGGGUGGAAGAGGAGGGGCAAGGGGUGGAGGCAAAUCUGCUGGAGGCCCAGCGAGUCCUUCCCCCAGUAAUGCUACGCCCGCUGCUCCAAAUGCGCCCACUUGAGAAUUAUCUGAACACUUCUGUGAAUAGCAUUCCACACAUGUCUUACUCCGGGCCCUACGUCUGAUUGGACGACUAUAAUUACGUUUCGGCAACAGUUACAAGCACGUUGCUCAAAUUACAGUAUCUACCGAUCGAGUGAAACGAUCAGGGCCCGACAACAAAACGAAGGAAACCUCAAAUCCCCAGGUUGCAUAGUAGAGGCAUACAUGAAGGGGGAUGAGAUACAUGGCGAAGUACUCUUUUUCGAGUCGACGAAGGCAUGACGAGUACGUGGGUCAUGAAUAGGAAGUCUGACGAGAUGAUCCAUCUUUCAUGAUAUGUAUAGACCCUAGUCAUCAGCUUACUUGAUCUAAUGUGUGCAUUUCUUCAG